CUUUCAGUCUUUAUUAAGAAUUUAACGUAAUCGCAACUACGAGAAAAAUUUCAAAAUGCUUAAAUUAAAAACGUUUUCAUAUAUUUCUAGUAUAAUAUUUGCAUAUUUUGUUAUAUAUAAUGCAAGUGUCAAUGCUGAAUCUGAAGAGUGUAAAAACAUUAUUAUUGAAGGUGGAGAACAAGCUCUCAAAAAAAUAUUCAACGAUUUUAAUGAAAUAAAAAAUAUAGUGGAAGAGUUAAAAUCUAAUAAUGAAGAGAAAGAGGACAGCAUGAAAGACAUAUCAAUAUUUGAUGAGCGAAUUGAUAAAAUGCCUAAAAAAUGUAAUACGACGGAACUGCCAAAAGAUUGUGCUGCAGCUACUGCGUGCACCAAACGGAGUGGCAUUUAUAAAAUAAAAGUCGAACAAUAUAGUACAGAACCAUUUUAUGUAGCGUGUGAUAGUGAAACUGAAGCUGGUGAUUGGUUGAUAGUGCAGAAACGGCAAGAUGGUUCCGAGGAUUUCUAUAGAAAUUGGCAGGAUUACGAAAAUGGUUUCGGCGACAUUGAGGGAGAAUUCUUUAUAGGCUUGAAAAAAUUACACGCCUUAACAACUUAUAAUGGACUUCAAGAGUUACUGAUUGUGAUGGAAGGUGCCAAAAACUCUAAAGCAUUUGCCAAAUAUGAUGCAUUUGCAAUAGGCAAUGGGACGGUAGCAUAUGAACUGAAAAGGUUGGGAAAAUACUCAGGAACAGCUGGAAAUUCACUGCAGAUUCAUGUUGGCAUGAAAUUUUCAACUAAAGAUCAUGAUAACGAUAAAAGUAAUGGUAGUUGUGCUAAUAAUUACACGGGAGCUUGGUGGUAUAAAAACUGUCAUGAAAGUAAUCUGAAUGGAAAAUAUGGUGAAAAUACUAAUAGCAAGGGUAUUAAUUGGAAAGCAUUUCGUGGUUUUACAGAAUCCCUUUCCUAUGUUAAAAUGAUGAUACGUCGCAGUAGAACUAUAUAGUUAAUUAUGUCUGUUUGUUACGCAAUAUUGCAUACAUAUGUAUAUAUAAAGAUAAUUAAAUUAAUAAAUGGUUAUAUAAGGUCCACUAUAUUUCUUGAUUAAUACAUACAUAUAUCGGGAUAACAAACGAAAUUAAUAUAUUUUAUUUUA